AAAGAAAAGAAAAUAAAUCAUUUUAUAAAGUGACUUCACCAACACUGGAAGCUAUUUGUGUAAAAAUUUGUCGUUUAGUUUCUUCGAGUUGAAUUUCAAUCAUUUCCAAAAUUCGAAGCAAAAUUUGAUUAAAAUUUUCCGAUUCUCCAAUUUUCAUCGAAAUGAGGUUCUUCAACGUGAAAAUGGCUUACUCUUGGGUGGCCGGCGGCUCCAGUUGUCCAGUCCGACGACUGUUGAGCACGGAUCUGGUGGCGGCUCUGCGUCCCUUCUACUUGGCCAUCCAACCGAAUCGCCAAACCCAACGGCCGGCCGAGAAACGCAUCAACGAGGAGUCGCUGCGUCUUCUCAGCUCCCAUCUGGAGUCCUUGACAGGACAUUCGGGUAGCUGUCUGCCCCACGGCCAGUUGGAGUUCUACAUGCCGACGGCCGGUGAGGGUGGGCCGUUGGAGGGCCCGGUGAUGAGUCGUCUGGUGAGGGUGCAGGUGGACCGCAAUCUGCUAGAUCCCAGGGCCGUCAUUCGUGGUAUCCUGAAAUCGUGUAACUUACUUCAACCCGAAAGCAAUAAAGAGUCGAAGAUUGGAGGUCUUCAGACACCGGGUCGAGAUCUUCGAGGACCACCCAAGGGGGAUCCUUUGAAAGAGCUCUCCCUGGAUGCAUGGAUGCGUCAGGCUCUGGCUCGCACGGAGCCCGACGAUCUGGCCACUGUGCGCUCCAGUGUCAACGACCUGGAACGAGAUCUGAUCAAGAGACGGGGCAUCCGGAGCAUUCGGUAUGAUUGUGGUUGCAACUUGCAAUGCUAUCGCAACUGCCUGUGGGACCUGCAGGACGUAAUGGACACCCAGAAGGAGAAUCCCCUCCGGGAUCGCGUCGUCGUCUUUGCCCCGUACACGGGCAUUAGUCUGGAGGGCGAUGUGAUGCUCUUUUCCGGAGACGCCUGCGAUGGGUGGCGUGAGUUCCUCGCCGAGAUGCCAGUCCACGAGGAGCAGCUGAAGCUGGUGCCGCUCUACGAACGGGCCCUGUCCGCCGUCCUGCUGGGCAUACAGAUCGCCCGGCGACAGUCCAUGGAUCCGGGCUCCGAUGCUCGGGCCUAUGCCGAGCGCCUGAAACGGGUGAUCCGGGCGGUCAGCGAGCACCUGAAGCUGGCCGAGAGUGUGGACGAUCUGCCCAAGACCCUGCAGCACCACCGGCUGGCCGUUGUCCCGGAAAGCGAGUCACCCAAAGUUAGCCAUACGGGCCUGUUCCUGGCCCCCUCAUCCUGCCCGGGUCCGGAUCUGGUGGACUUCAUCUGCCGCAACCUGGAGGUGGCCAGCAUGAGAGUUAGACGCUACCACCACGACAGUCAGGUGGAGCAGCUGCUGUGGCGCCAAUGCCUCGACGAACUGCAACUGCAGCGCCUCAGCAAGGAUGAUUCGGUGACACCGGACAAAAUGAUAAUUACGCUGCAGAAUCUCCUCCAGAGCGGCAUCAGGUCCUCUCCUGGUCUCAGCCUCCAUGUGACUAACUAUUGGUCCGUGCCCACCGAUGGUAUCAUAUGCAUUCCCUGGGACUUCCACAAGUCCAAGCUGGAAUUUUAAUAGCUUCCAGGCCUCAGUACCGAAAAUUCCAAAAAAUAUUUUGCAAAACAAAAAAAGGAAUAAGAUAAUUAAUUAAUAGAAUUUCGGCUAAUUUGCAUGUAUUUUUUGGAUAUACCUGGAUUAUCAUUUGAAAUACAAAAUGUGCUCACUUUUCUAUGGGCAAUAUUUGAUUAUUA